AUGGUGGUCAGUCGGAGAAAUGGGAAUCAGGUACAAGAAGAAUUCAUUGAAGUUGAAGAAUACAAAUUUAAAAGAGUGGACCAAUUCAAAUACUUAGGGUCAAUUAUAACUCAAGAUAACGACAUUAAAACAGAAAUUUCAAUGAGAUUACNAAUAAAAUCACUUAUAAAGGCUGCGGAGAAAGUAGGACUAAGGAUUAAUGAAGAAAAAACAAAGUACAUAGUGGUCAGCCGGAGAAAUGAAAAUCAGGUACAAGAAGAAUUCAUUGAAGUGGAAGAAUACAAAUUUAAAAGUGUGGACCAAUUCAAAUACUUAGGGUCGAUUAUAACUCAAGAUAACGACAUUAAAACAGAAAUUUCAAUGAGAUUACAAUUAGCUAAUAAAUGUUUCUUUGGACUUAGUAAAAAUUUUAGAUCAAGAGCAAUCUCUAAGAAUUUAAAAGUUAGAAUGUACUUAACUUUGCUAAGGCCAAUUGUCCUGUACGGAACAGAAACAUGGCCUCUAAGAAAGACUGAAGAACGAAGAACUGCAGUAUUUGAGAGAAAAGUACUCAGGAAAAUGUAUGGGGCAUACUAUGAUGUUCUCACAAAUGAAUGGAGGAAAUUACAUAAUGAAAAACUGCAAUCCCUUUUUCAACGACCGGAUAUACUGAAAGAGAUAAAAAAAAAGAAGGCUAGUUUGAGCUGGACAUGCCUGGAGGAAACAUGA